CCAAAACUUGUCUGUUUAGAGGAAUUCAAAAAUAUAGACGUGAACAAUCAUCAGUUAGGCACCAGUUAUUCGUCUUCGGCUGAGGCAGAGCCAAAACAGAUUGAAAAACGGACUGAAAAGGUUGAGUUAGGCGGCGGCGGACUGGGAUCCACCAGUUCUAGUGUCACCAUUACUAAGUCCGUCACUACUUCUUCGUCUACUACUAGUAGACAA